ACAACAUUAUUCCUAUGCUAUGUUUUCUUUCCAUACCCAUCUCUCAAUCUUUCUCUUUUUGGAAUAAAAAUUGGAUUUUUAUUUUAUUUUAUUGAUUGCAGAGUUUGAAUUUUGAGUUUCGCUUCCACCUUCUCCUCCUCAUGUUUUCGAUCCUUUUCAACGCCACCCGAUAAUGUCGAGAGUUGAAGGUGGUAAAAAGAGUGGUGAAAAGGAGAACGAGUUGUUAUCAAAAGAUGUUGAAACCAUAAACGAAGCUCCGUGCAGGGAGAAAAAGUCUUCCACGAAUUCAACAUCUUCCAAAACCGCGUUACAUGAUCCCAAAUCAAAGGCUAAAGCUAACAAAGAAGACAAUUUGCGUAAGGAUAAGAAGUCUAUAUGGGGUUGGAAGCCAUUGAAGGCCCUUUCCCUGACUCGCAACAAGAGGUUUAAUUGUUGUUUUACUCUCCAAGUCCAUUUGAUUGAAGGUUUGCCAUUGAGUUUCAACAAUUAUAGCCUUUGUGUGUUUUGGAAGAGGAAGGAUGUGCUUUUGGCGACCCCUCCAGCCAAGGUGAUUCAAGGUGUGGCUGAGUUUCAACAGAUUUUGGCUCAUACUUUCUCAAUCUGUGGAAGUAAGAGUGGACCCCAUAAUUCUGCUAAAUAUGAAGCUAAGUAUUUUUUGGUCUAUGCUUCUACGCCUGGUGCCCCAAAACUUGAUUUGGGGAAGCACCGGGUGGAUCUCACAAGGUUGCUUCCUCUCACACUGGAAGAGCUUGAAGAAGAGAAAACCUCAGGGAAAUGGACUACAACUUUUAGAUUAUCAGGAACUGCAAAGGGUGCAGUAAUGAAUGUCAGUUUUGGAUAUGCGAUUGUUCCGGAUAAUACUAGUACUCCUCCUAAUUUAUUCACUUCCAGGGUAAAUAGCAUGCCUUUGAUGGACCCUGAUACAAAACCUAGUCAGGUUGAGAGGAACGUUAGACGUGCCGGUAGUUUGCCAUGCUUUACCAGUCCUCAUUAUUCAUCUCAAGAUGUGGUAGAUGUGGUGAAAGAUCUUCAUGAGGUGUUACCAUCAUCAGAAUCAGCACGAGUCAGCUUAUACAAGAAUUUUGAUGAAGAAAAGAGGUGUAAUCUUCUGCAUGACAAACCUGAACCUGAAUUAUAUAAAGAAAAUCCCAAGCCAAUCAAACCGGCUGUCCGUUUUUCAUCUGAUAGUGAAAAAGGAAAGUCAGAAGAGACUCCUGGUAAUGAAGGGAAAACAUGCAGUCUGGUGCAUCACAAACCUGAAUUUGAUGGGUUUAGAGAAAACCUGCAGAUAGUUGGGACAAAUGAUUAUCCUUUACCUGAUUCAGGAAUAGAAAGUUCCAAAGAGUGUGAAGGUAAUGGAUUUUCUAUUGUUGAUCAGGGGCAGGGCACCAAUUUUUCAUCAAAUGAACAUGUUAAACUAGAGGAAUCCAUCAUAAAAGCUGUUGUUGAUGUCCAUACAGUUGACAGAUUUGAUACUGACGUUAUUCAAGUAUCUUUUGAAGAUAGUGCUAAACAUGAUUCCUUGGAUGAGCUAAAUGAUAGUUCUAGGGAAAGUGCUGCGGUACCUGAAAUUUCUAACAGAAUGGGUGUCUUGUGCACGAAAGAAAUAAUGCAAGAACUAGAAUCAGCUUUAAAUAGAGUCUCAGAGUUGGAGAGCUUGGCAGUGGAUUCUCCUAUCACCGUGGAAGCCAAAUAUGAGAAUAGGUUGAGAAAGUCACAGAGCUUGGAUGAUUUUGCAGAAUCAGUCGCGAGUGAAUUUUUAAGUAAGCUAGGAAUAGACCAUAGUCCAAUGGGUGUGAGUUUUGAAAGCGAGUUCGAGUCUCCAAGAGAGCGCCUUUUAAGACAAUUUGAAAAGGAAGUUCUUUCUGAGGGCUUCUCGUUGUUUAAUUUUGACACAGGCAAUGAUAAUGAAGCAGAUGGAGGCUAUGGCGCUUCUUUUGGAUCUGAGCAGUGGAAGUUCUCUGCAGGUAUUAAGUCAGUAUCCUCAUUGCCAGAUCUGCAGAAAGAGUAUCUAAUUGAGUCUGAGGAUGUGAGGAGCAAACAGAAGGUCCAGAUGCUAGUAGACUUGGAAACAGAAGCCUUAAUGCAUGAGUGGCGUUUGAAUGAGAAAGCUUUUCAGCAUUCUCCUCCAAAAGAUUUUAAUGGUUUUGGAAGUCCAAUAUAUUUUCUACCCGAAGAACCUCUACCAUUACCUCCUCUGGAAGAGGGGAUGGGUCCUUUUCUUCAGACCAAAGAUGGGGGGUUUCUACGAUCACUGAAUCCCUCACUUUUCAGGAAUAGUAAAACUGGUGGGAGAUUAAUCAUGCAGGUUUCCAACCCUGUGGUGAUGCCUGCUGAAAUGGGUUCUAGGAUAAUGGAGAUUUUGCAGUGUUUGGCUUCAGUUGGAAUUGAAAAGCUUUCCAUGCAAGCAAACAAGUUAAUGCCUCUGGAAGAAAUCACAGGGAAGACAAUGCAACAAAUAUCAUGGGAAGCAAAGUCAGCCUUGGAGGGAACACACAGCAGGCAAUUCCAUUUGCAGCAUGAUUUGGUAACAGAACAAGAAUCUACUUGUGCGCAAAAGGGCUUGAAAGGAAUAUUACCUGGUGGACUAAAGACUGACAAGUUUUGUUCAAGUUCAGUUGACGACCAGAAAGGCUCAGAGUUUGCUUCAUUGGAAGAUCUUUCUCCAUUAGCUAUGGAUAAAAUUGAAGCACUUUCAGUGGAGGGUUUGAGAAUUCAAUCCGGGAUGUCAAAAGAGGAUGCACCAUCAAACAUCAUUGCACAAACCUUUGGGGACAUAUCAGCUCUACAAGGCAAGGGGGUCAGUAUUAAUGGCUCCCUUGGCCUGGAUGGAGCUGCUGCAUUGCACUUGUUGAAUUUAAAAGACAGCAGCAAUGAUGGUGUUGAUGGGAUAAUGGGCCUAUCAUUAACUCUUGAUGAAUGGAUGAGGCUGGAUUCUGGUGACUUUGAUGAUAUAGAUAACAUCAGUGAACAUACUUCCAAACUUCUUGCUGCCCAUCAUGCUAACUCGUUUGACUUCAAUCGUGGGAGCCCAAAGGGAGAGAAGAAACGAGGCAAAGGCUCUGGCAGGAAAUGUGGUUUGUUGGGAAACAAUUUCACAGUAGCUCUAAUGGUGCAACUUCGUGAUCCUCUAAGAAACUAUGAGGCUGUUGGAACACCGAUGCUUGCUCUUAUACAAGUGGAAAGGGAGUUUGUCCCACCAAAGCAUAAGAUUUAUAGACGUGUGUCUGAGGUGGGGAACAUUAAUGAUGAGGAUGAUGAGUGUGAAAUAGUAGCCAAGGUGGAGAUGAAGGUCAACAAAGAAGAUAAAAGUUCUGAAGAGGAGGCCAUUCCUCAGUUCAGAAUUACAGAAGUACAUGUUGCAGGUCUAAAGACCGAGCCUGAGGCUGAGGCUCGCAAAAAGAAGGUUUGGGGCACCUCAAGACAACAACAGUCUGGUUCCCGUUGGUUGAUUGCUAAUGGAAUGGGGAAGAACAGUAAUAAUUUAUUUAUGAAGUCAAAGCCUGUAUCUAAAACUAGUGCUCCAACCACCAAAGACGUGCAACACAGUGACACAUUGUGGAGCAUCUCAUCUCGUAUUUUUGGUACUGGAACAAGAUGGAAGGAAUUGGCAGAACUAAAUCCACAUGUAAGAAAUCCCAAUAUCAUUAUACCGAAUAAAACUACAAGAGUAAGUUGACUGGUGAGUGGAGUGCACAAUUCUGCUUUUUGCCAUAAGAGGCAAUGCUUGGAGUUGUUGCUUGAUUUGGCCAUCUGAUUCUAAUCUCUUAUCGACUCGAGACCCUGGGAAGGAAGCAGACUCGGAGCAUUGAUCAAACACGGGUGUUGAAAAAUUGCCACGUUGUGAGAUGUGGAGAAAACAACAUAAUGGGUGAUUUUCUAAAAAGAGCCCCUUUUUGCAGCCACAUUUGUAAUCACAUCGAAUAAAUUAUAAAAUUUUAAUGCUGUCCACGAAAAGGUGGAUAUCGUUUUGCGGUUUGCGUGAACUGUUGUACGUAUUGCAAAUAUUAUUGAAGAGUAUGCAAUAUUAUAUCAUAGAUUUAUAAACAGUGUCUGUCUAAAUGAAAAUAUUUGGCUUUUGUUGUUCCUUCCAAUAGAACACCCACUUACUUUACGACCAUGUUCACGUACUAAUGAAUUGAAAUUCUUCAGACGAGCUUGUUUGCUCAUGAUUCGUAUGGUU